AUGCAGGUAUUUGCGCGGUCAGUCAAUCCCUUUCUGCGGACUGCCCGGUCUGCGCUGCAGCAGGGCAAUUCCGUCAGUCCUCUACAGCACGCUCUGCGACGACAAAAUGGCGCUGCCGUGUUGAACGCUGCCCGCUCAUAUGCUACCGUGUUCGAGCGGACAAAACCCCAUGUUAAUAUUGGCACUAUUGGUCAUGUCGAUCAUGGAAAGACCACGCUCACUGCUGCAAUUACAAAGAGACAGGCUGAGAAGGGCUUUGCAAACUUCCUUGAGUACGGUGCCAUUGAUAAGGCUCCCGAGGAACGGAAGCGUGGUAUCACGAUCUCGACGGCGCAUAUCGAGUACUCUACCGAGGACCGUCACUACUCCCACGUGGACUGCCCAGGUCACGCAGAUUACAUCAAGAAUAUGAUUACUGGUGCGGCAAAUAUGGAUGGAGCUGUUAUUGUCGUUGCUGCUUCGGACGGACAGAUGCCCCAGACCAGAGAACAUCUGCUGCUCGCCCGUCAGGUUGGUGUACAGAAAAUCGUCGUCUUUGUCAACAAAGUAGAUGCUCUCGAGGACCCAGAGAUGUUGGAACUUGUCGAAAUGGAGAUGCGAGAGCUUUUGAACACCUAUGGGUUUGAAGGCGAUGAGACACCAAUUAUCCUUGGUUCCGCUCUUUGUGCAUUGGAAGGACGGAGACCCGAGAUCGGAACCGAGAAGAUAGAUGAGCUUCUCAAGGCCGUUGACACUUGGAUCCCAACUCCUCAACGUGAUCUCGACAAACCGUUCUUGAUGUCUGUUGAGGAUGUCUUCUCAAUCCCGGGUCGUGGCACAGUUGCAUCCGGUCGAGUCGAGCGUGGCGUAUUGAAGAGAGAUUCGGAGGUCGAGCUUGUAGGAAAGGGAGAUCAACCAAUCAAGACCAAGGUCACCGACAUUGAAACGUUUAAGAAGUCCUGUGAUGAGUCAAGGGCUGGCGACAACUCUGGUCUCUUGCUCAGAGGUGUCAAGCGUGAGGAUGUCAAGCGAGGAAUGGAGUUUUUGGUCUCUAUGUAUGUGCUCACCAAGGAGGAAGGGGGACGACACACUGGAUUCCACCAAAACUACCGACCCCAAAUGUUUAUCCGAACUGCUGAUGAGGCGGCUGCCUUGUUCUGGCCGGACGGCACUCCCGAUGCGGAUUCGAAGAUGGUCAUGCCAGGGGACAAUGUAGAGAUGAGAUGCGAGAUCUACAACCCUGUCGCCCUUGAGGUUGGACAACGCUUCAACGUUCGUGAGGGCGGACGGACCAUUGGGACUGGGAUCGUCACAAGAAUUCUCAAGUGA